CUCAUUGGCAGCAUCCAGUGUCAUCGCGGACCUCGGGACGCACGCUUCGUUCGUUCCUCUCGCGAGGGGAGAAAACGCUUUUUUCUUUCCUUUCCCCCGCGCGUCACAUCCCCCUUUCGACAUUCGAUUCUACCGGCGGGGUAGAAUACGACGACGCGUAUCCCAAGGCCAAUGUUUCCCAAACUCGACCGCCGACGCAUCGAUAAACCGUUGCAUCGAGUACUUGACGAUCGUGAUCGACGGGGCUACGACCAUGCAUCUCCUCUUCCGGAUGAAACUUUGCUAUAGUUAGUUUUUCUUUUUCUCCCCUCCCCCUUCUUUCUUCCUUUCUUUUUUCCUUUCCUUCUCUCUCUUUCUCUCUUUUCCCUUCCUCUCCUCUUCCUUUCUUUCUUCCUCCUCUUUCUCUCUUUUCGAAUCCGAGCGAGUGGACGGAUGGGCAAGAUGAGAUAAGAUAAGAUAAGAUAAGAUAACGCGCGGCGAUGUCGCGCGAUCGUCGUUGUUGACGAGACGUUGCUGUGAAGGGGGAAAAAAUUGAGAUUCAUCGAUCGAGGGAUCGAUGGAAGUAGUGCGCGAGAACGACGGGAGAGGAACUCGAGAAAAGAAGGUGUUGCGAAACGGAGGUGUCAUCGACGAUAAUAAUAGUAGUAAUAGUUCGAAGGAGUGACUGAGGAUAAAACGAGAGAAAGAGAGAGAGAGAAAGGAGCAUUUUCCAUCCUUUUCGAUGAUAGGAGGAGAUAGCGGCACGUGUUCGCGGCGCACUUUGGCCAGGACUUGAAUACACACGCCCUGGGAGAAUUUGUCGAAAGGCGAUGUUGUGAAAAGUGUGCAAACAAACCGUGCGCCACGCUUCGAAUAUAUGUAUAUAUAUACACAUAUAUAAUAUAUACAUAUAUACGUGCAUACGCACGUACGUAUAAUAUCGUUCGUGAAAGUCGAAAGUCGAAGGAUUACCAUCGCUGUGACCCUCUGAUAAAUUUCGAUCCGUUAUCGCUCGUCCCAUACGAAAGGGAUAAUAAAUCUUCUUUCGCAAAGAGAGUGUGAAAAUUUGAACGGGUUAUAAUGUAAUAAUAAUAUAAACGUGCGUUUGCGAUAAUGCGUUUUGUCGAUAGACGGAACGAAGAGGGGGGGGAAAGUUGGGAACGGAGAGGAAGUGGAAGACGUUGUUGAGCGCGGUGGUUAGGAUGGUUCGAGGGUGAAAUUGAAUCAAGAGACGUUCAUCAGUAUGCUGUGGAUAUUGAUCGCUGUGACGUGCAUCGAGCUAUCGACCAUUGCCAACGCACAGUCGAGAAAAACUAGCGCUACGUCGUCCAUGCGAGAGGAUGCGAACAACACCGAGCCGGAUCAUCCGAUACCCAUGGAGUCGAUACAGGGAGUGGCAGGACAGAGGGCAACUUUGCCCUGCAAUAUACAACCCCGUGAACCGAACGAUGCCGUCUCCAUGGUGCUCUGGUUCAAAGAGGACAGCGGCGAACCUCUCUACAGCUACGACGCGAGGAAUCGACAGUUCGGCAAGGCGAAGCUGUGGAGCGCGUCCCACUUUUGGGGGGACAGGGCCACGUUCAAAGCUAGUCAACCGGCCCAGCUGACGAUUCGGGACCUGCGGGAGACCGACCAGGGUGUUUACAGAUGCAGAGUCGAUUUUCGCAACUCGCCGACCAGGAAUCUCAAGGUCAACUUCACCGUCAUCGUGCCACCGGCCAAGCCGAUCAUCUACGACGCGAAAAGGAGGGAUAUGAGCAAACUUUUCGAGGCCUAUCCGGAGGGAGCGGAUCUGUUCCUCGUGUGCGAGGUUCACGGAGGUAAACCUAGGCCCCGGGUCACGUGGCUGCUGGAGUCGCAGACAAUCGAUGCCCCGUCGGAGAUACGGGAGAGCCAAGGGCCAGGAGGUGAGGCCAACGUCGUGACCAUAAGCAACGUGACGCUGAAGGGUCUCACGAGGAGUCACUACCACGCCAAAUUGUUGUGCAAGGCGAACAAUACUCAUCUAGCGCCUCCCCCCACCACUGCCGUCGUCAUCGAGCUUCACAUGAAACCAUUGAAAGUUGAAAUCACGGGAAGGGACAAGAUUCUCUCGGCGGGGAAGAAAUACGAAACUAGAUGUCAGAGCACGGGAUCGAAGCCGCCGGCCGUUCUAACCUGGUGGAAGGCGUCCAAGCAGCUCAAGAGGACGAUCAGAAACUUUCAGGAAGACGGAACAAGCGUGAGCGUGUUGCAAUGGACACCGUCGAUCGAAGACGAGGGGAAAUUUCUGGUGUGCAGGGCGACCAAUCCGAAGCUGCAGGACACGGGUAUCGAGGAACGAUGGAAGCUGAAAGUGCAUUUUGUUCCUGUCGUCACUCUGAAAAUGGGCACAUCGUUGAAUCCAAAGAACAUCAAGGAAGGGGACGACGUUUACUUCGAGUGCAACGUUAGGGCGAAUCCUAGGGCUUACAGAUUGACAUGGUUUCACGAGGAGGAAGAGCUCCAUUACAACGUGACCGCAGGCAUAGUGCUCUCGGACCACUCUCUGGUUCUUCAAAGUAUAACUCGAGAAUCCGCUGGAAGAUACAGCUGCACGGCCGUCAAUGUCGAGGGCCGCGCCACUUCCAACGUAGUGGACCUCGAGGUUAUGUUCGCUCCUGUUUGCAAGCACGUGUUAAAUUCGGCCGGAUGGAGGUAUCAAAACGCGACGCCGCCGCCGUUGAACGUACCCGAGGAGGUUCACGGCGCGUUGAAGCACGAAACGAUCGGCCUUGUUUGCGAGGUGGAGGCGAACCCGGCCACGGUCACCUUCCAUUGGACGUUCAACAGCAGCGGUGACCUUGCCGGCGACAUUCCGCCCGCCAGAUAUUCCAACGAAGGCACCUCGAGCAGGCUCAAUUACACCCCCUCGUCCGACCAGGAUUACGGGACGCUGGCCUGUUGGGCGAGUAACGCGGUUGGCCCCUCCAAACAGCCCUGCCUCUACCAAGUGAUCGCAGCAGGCAGGCCGUACCCGUUGCAGAAUUGCACGGCCGGCUACAAUCAGACCGGCUCCUGGAUCCGGAUAUCGUGCGUGGAGGGAUACGACGGUGGACUGCCGCAAAAAUUCGUCGCGAUCGUGGACAAGCAACGGUUAGAAUCGUCGAACCCGUACUGGGAGUUGGAGCUUCGGAAACCGGCAACUGUCGCCCUCUAUGCGGUAAACGUGAAGGGAUCCAGCGAUCCGGUUAUCAUGGAAGGGGAAGCGUUAAAAGGAGUGGCCAAGUUCACCGGGGAAUCGGGAUCCUCGGUGGACAUGUCACCGAUCCUGAUCGGGCUGGGCGGAACCGCGACUGGAUUAGGCUUGAUCGUGACAGGUGUAUUGAUGGCGCUUUGGAGGAAACACGCGGCAACCCCGGCGAAAGCGAAAUCGCCUCCCCAACAGCCGAGCAUCGCGACAUUCGCCGGGAAGGGCGAGGAGGAAGACGGGAAUCCUGAUCUAAUACCCACCACAGCCUUGACCAAUCACCUCACAGAUAGGAAGCUUUUACAUUACGGUUCCCUGCCACGAAGGCCGCGUCAACUCGAAGGGCGGGAAAUGGCUCAUAAUGUCGUAGAAGAUUCGGAUUAUCCUCGAGCAUCGCCAAACACAUUUUAUAGCCUGCAGAGGCCGCAUCGAUAUUCGGAAACGGUGAUUCGAAGUUCCGUGAUUCAGGAGAGCUGCAUUUAAGAAAUCGAGAAAGGGGGAGGGGAGAGCGGUGUUGAGGGAGAGGAAGUCGAGGAAGGAUUUACAUACGCAUCCCCAGAUACAGAGAGUUGUGUUUCACCAACGCAACACGUGAAAAUCAAAAAGACUAAAGCCAUGCUUAUGCAAUAUUGUACACGUUCAAGCGUACGAAGAUAUUUAGCAAGUCGAUAACAAUAUGCCUUUGUAAAUAUUGUAUAUAAAUAAAACACAUCGAUUCGUGUUUA